UAGCACAGCCUUCAUCAGUGCACGACAUGUUCAUCGUGGCACGCUCCAGCCUCAUGGAACUCCUAAAGGUGUGCACCAUGUGCUCAUCAUCACUCACAAACGUGCAGCUCACAACAAUGGAAACACUUGCAAGAGCCACAAUCACUUGCGAGAAUGCCCACAGGAACCAGUGGAACAGCCAGCCACUUGUUCACGAGAAACCUGUGGGCAAUAUUGCAAUGUGCUCGGCAAUCCUUUUCUCUGGUAGCAGCAUCACCAAGUCACUGCGCCUGUUCGACAUCAUGGGCCUUGCUCAGUACUUGCUCAGUAUACACCGGAGUCAGUACUUCCUCUACCAGAAGUGCUAUUUAUUUCCGGCAAUACAAGAUGUCUGGGAUAAAGAACAGGCAGCAUUGGUGGAGAAGCUGGGGGACAGGCCUCUGCACCUUGCUGGAAAUGCACGUUGUGAUUCUCCUGGGCACGCCGCACUGCACGACACAUAUACGAUAAUGGAGACCACGAUCAACAGGACUGUACAGUUCGAAGUAGUUAAGGCAACAACCGUGUCUUCCAGCUACUGCAUGGAACAGAGGGGGCUCGAGCUUUGCCUUGACUACUCGACAGCUAAAGGGUUGGUCGUCAGCACACUGGUCGCUGACAGGCACUCGCAGGUGAAAACCAUUCUGAGCGACAAGCACCCGAGUACCAGCCAUCGUUUUGAUGUGUGGCACGUUGCAAAAGGCAUCAAGAAAAAGAUCGCUGCAGCAUCACAAUCUAAGAAGCACCAAGUUCUUCGACUGUGGUGCGAAAGCAUAAUCCGCCAGCUAUAUUGGUGUGCGCGCACCAGUGACAGUGGCGAUCUUUUGCUUGCUAAGUGGACGACGAUCAUGCGGCACGUCAUCAAUAUCCACACCCACCCAACUAGCCUGCACCCUGCCUGCUUCCAUGAUGAUUUGGGCGAACGAAGAUGGCUUGAGGAAGGGACGGAGACCUACAAGAAGCUCCACGACAUUCUGUUGGCAAAGCUCCUGCCGAAAGACAUUCCCCAGCUCUCAUCAGCGCAGCAGACAUUUGCAUAUGAAACAUUCCAUGCUGUCCUGAUCCACUUUGCACCUAAAUCGUACAGCUUUUCGGAUCAAGGGAUGGUUUCAAGGACUGCUCUGGCAGCACUCCACUAUAAUGCGAAUGCAGAUCGUGUUGCCCUUCUCAGAGAUGGUGCUGUGAAGCACCGGCUGAAGCCAUCAAAGGUGCGGAAAGGGUGGAUCGCUGUUCCCGUGAAGGAGGAUGCCACAUACAGCUAUGUCAGUGACCUGAAGUCUGCUGUUUUCGACCGCAUCGCUCGCUACCCAUCCUUCAAAAAAGCAAGAGAUGCGCUGGUAGAGGUAUCACUGCCUACCAGAAGCAGCUGCUAUGGGGACAGGCCAGAGAUGAGAGCUGUGUUGGAGUCGCAGUACAGCAGGUUUUAGAGGACAAUCGUUUAGCUGUACUCAUCAACUGUUGGCACGCAGGCAUAACUGGUCAGGUAAAUCAGUGAAAUGACACAGGAGUUUCGGGCUUCAAGACUUCGCCCAAGCAUGAUCUUGAGCCAGGACGGGAAAUGUAUAAUUUUUGCUGUGUACCAAAAGCAUCGGAUGCAAUAUAUGUUCUGGAUCCGUGUGACACACUACCAGUAAUCACAAAUUAUGACCACAGGCCAGGUAUGACCAACGUCAGCAUUUGUGACCCCUGCUCAUUCAUGAUCAGUUAUCUUCAGCUCAUCUGCUUGUUUGCUGACUCAUCUUCAGUUGAACUUAUUUUCUCACUCAUUGUUACUUACUUACUCAAUUCUUGUUCAGUUCAUCAUUUGUUUACUCCCUGCUCAGCUCCACUGCUAAACUCAUUUGUAACAUUGUGUGUGUGAGCAUGCUCAUGAGUACAUUCUGCCGAGGUAUAUAGUUGACUUUGUGUGAAUAUGUGCCAGCCUCCAAGCAUUGUAUAUUUUUACAACUAACUGUGAUGGACAAGAAAUGACUGCAGCAAAGUGUGCAUAUGUGCAUAACUGUGUGUGUGUCUCUACGAGCACGUCUAUGUGUCAUGUUGUUCUUUUUGUAUCUCUGUGCCUUUCUGCCAUGAGACCGAGGGCCCUAUUCUCCUUGAAAGUAAUCUACCUGAUUACUUUCUCUGUAAGCUGCCAUAUGUUAUCAAAGAAAGAAGGUAUUGACAACAGAAUGGCGGAACACGCUCAGUUGCGACAGGUCGGAAACUGGAACCAGACAUUUUAACAGAAAUCAUGCAGAACUUUGAAAUUUGUGUUAUUUAAUCACGUCUCU